AUGCGAUUCGACAUUCUUGCAAUCUUCCCUCUGGCUGCCAGUGCGGUCAACAUCAUCUCAUCGAAUGAUGAUGGCUGGGCGGAAGCGAAUAUCCGCGCUCUCUUCGAGUCCCUGGAAGCGGCAGAUCAUUCAGUUGUGGUAUCUGCGCCCGCUGAGAAUCAGAGCGGAAAGGGAUCAAAGGAAGGAGAGCCGACUGUCUUGACUGAGGCAUGCGAGUUCAAUAGCUGCCCGUCUGGUAGCCCUGCUGUGGGCUUUAAUGCCUCCACGCCCCGACUGGGGUAUGUCAAUAGCUACCCAGUGACUUCCAUUCAAUACGGCAUCGAUACGCGCGGCCCGGAAUUCUUCGACGGCCCUCCAGACCUGGCCGUCACAGGUCCCAAUGUCGGCAGUAACAUUGGCCUCACAGCGUUCAUCUCCGGAACCGUGGGCGCCGCCACUUACGCUGCGAAGAAUGGCAUUCCUGCGAUCGCCUUCUCAGGUGCGAGUGGCUCCCCCACUUCCUGGGAUAGCGAGCGGCCCCACUACAGUGAUGUUUAUGCCGACUUGGCCACCAACUUGACAAACCAGGUCAUUGCGGCUGGCAAGCCCUACCUACCCGAGGAUAUUUGGCUGAACGUCAAUUUCGGACGGGUUACUGACGAAUGUGCAAAUGCGGCCGAUUUCUCUUUCGUUCUCUCCCGCAUCAAUGUUCCAGUUCCACUUGUGUCCGGCGAUGACGUGAGCACGUGCGGCCGUUCCAGAUUGCCAAACGAAUUAGAAGUGUCGCUAGCGUCUGGGUGCUAUGCAAGUGUCUCAGUUGGGGCUGCAGCCUCGAAGAGGGAUGCCGACGCGGAGACCCAGGGGGCUGUUUUGAAGAAGCUUAGCAAUUUGCUGACUUGUCUACCGUGA